UCCGGGAGUUCCAUCUUCGUGGGAAGGAGCCCUCGCGCAAGGGCGAGGUUGCGAUUUCGUGAUAGAACAGUGAUCUAGCGAUCCAGCGCCUCCAAAUCGAGGUAUUUGAUGCCCGCAUUGGGAUUAGGAGAGAUUUCCUGGUGGAUGCUCCAUCCAUCCAUCCUUGCAGAUUUUUAGCUAGGGAGUGGCGGGUGGAGUUCUUGCGAGAAUGCAUUACGGCGUUUGCUGCCCCUCCGCUGGGCUCCGGCGCUCAUUCGUUCCGUCGGAGAGGUCGGCUUUCGCGAGGAAUGGAUCCAAAGUUUUGGAUUCGUGCAAAGUCACGUCUCUCCCGAGGAGCUUUCGAGGGCGGCGGAGAGUUCUCCGUGCUGUGAAGUCGCUGGCUUCGCAGGAUGAUGAGUUGGAAGCUGGUCCAUUGGAGCAAAGAGUUAUGGAGGAUGGCGCGAUCAUCGUCCAGGACGAUUUGGAUGUUCUUUUGGAGAUCCUUCCGGAAGGCAUUCGUCAAAAUCUCUUGAAGCAUCCCAAGCGCGGGGAUCUCUUGGAGGUGGUCUUGGAUCUUGGACGUCGUCCCGAGGCUCGUUUUCUAAAACACAGAGGUGGAGAAUACUUACGAGACAAUGAGAUAACGAGAGAUGAUCUCCAAGCAGCCGAGGCUGCAGUGGGGGAGUUUGGAAGUGAUAAUCGAGCAGGAAUCGAGGGAACACUACACAGAAUAUCAGCCAUUCGCAACCGUAAAGGCGUGAUCAUCGGCUUGACGUGCCGUGUUGGAAGAGCUGUGACUGGACAUGUUGACAUGGUUCGCGACCUCCUCGACUGUGGAAAAAGCAUUCUAUUCCUUGGCAGACCCGGUGUUGGAAAAACAACUGUUAUCCGAGAGAUUGCGCGGGUCCUUGCUGAUGAUCUACGCAAGAGAGUGGUGGUGGUGGACACCAGCAAUGAGAUUGGUGGUGACGGAGACGUGCCACACCCGGCCAUCGGUGGUGCACGAAGAAUGCAGGUGCCAGAUCCGUCAAUGCAGCACAGAGUUAUGGUGGAAGCCGUAGAGAACCAUAUGCCACAAGUUGUGAUCGUGGACGAGAUUGGGACGGAAGCAGAGGCUCUUGCCUGCCGGACAAUUGCCGAAAGAGGAGUGAUGCUGGUUGCUACUGCGCAUGGGCAGACACUGGAGAACAUCAUCAAGAAUCCCACGCUUUCUGACUUGGUUGGUGGCAUCCAAACAGUGACUUUAGGUGAUGACGAAGCACGAGCAAGAGGUACGCAGAAAACCGUGCUCGAAAGGAAAGCUCCACCGACAUUUUCAAUACUCAUUGAGAUGAGAGAGCGGAGCCACUGGAUAGCACACCAGUCGGACAAGAGCGUAGACAAUCUUCUACAGGGAAAGCAACCCGUCGUUGAGAUGCGAACAAGAGAUGAAAACUUUAGAGUUGUCAUCGAGAAGCGAUUGUAUGACAAGGAGGAGCACGAGCGGUCGGAUGUUUCCAGUCUGGUGAUGGCCAGCAAAUCCUCUAUCAAGCUUGGCAGCUCCUUGUUCCAGGAAGAAAACAACUGGGUAUCAAAGAUAGGCUACAUUCCCGACAAAGAUGCUAUGCCCGAGAACUGGGUGAAUUACAUGGGGAAACAAUCCCACUCGACUGGUAGGAAGCUCACGCUAGAGGAGGAGGACCAGUUAGCAGUCGACUAUGGUUUCCUACCACCCGGUAAAAGAGGCUCGAAACGAGGACCUAGAGGAAUCAGGCCUCGCUGAGAAACUUCCACUGUAUAGUGAAGCCUUGUACAGGUACACAAUCAAACUUCCCUAGAAUAUAAAGGGAUAUACAUCUUAUACAUGACUAUAGCGAUUCAACACCAA